GAAGAAACAAACAGAGUUUCGUUGACAGCGAAGCGCCCGAAAGGCACCGCCACUUCCCACCUCCAAAGCAGUAGCAUGGCUCCAGUUCUCUGGCCCGGUGUUCGUAACACCCGCGACUUCCACUAGUUUCCUCUGGCUAGCCAACUCUGUCUCCUCUUAUAUUCUUCCACUCUCGUCUCUUGGCCUUUCCAAAUUCUCUCGAGUUUAAACAUACGAGCCCAUCAACCACUACUAUCAAAUCGAAACUCUCUCUCUUCGCCCAGCUGUCCUUGACACCCAUCCUGCAAACUGUGAUUCGUGAUCCCUGCACCAUCAACAACCGUCCUCAUGGGUAAACGUGCACCAUCAACACGACCGUCCGAGACGCUGCAGGACAACACAGCCAUCAGAGAGCAAAAGCCAACCGUUUCCCACAAGCGACGAACCUCCUCAACAUCUCAGCCAGCCAAGAGCGACACAACCAUGGACAAGUCUGUCAAGUCCAACUUGGAGAACAAGGAAAGAGCCUAUGUGGCUGCUUCUCGUCGCAUGGACCGAAGUCUCGAGGACCGCCUCAAAUCCGCACACCAAGCAUCCGAGGUUCACUUUCAGCGCACUGGCAAGCGCUUCAAAAUCACCAAAGAAAAUGUCGAGAAAGGACUGUGGUAUGACGAGAUUGAUGACCUGCCAAGACACCGUCUGGCCGAACAUACAAUGGACUACCAAACUCGAGCCCGCUAUCAGGAAGUCGACGAACAAUUCAACCAAGUCUUUGGGAGUGUAAUGCCCCGGGCCCAGGCAUACCCAGUUCAGUUCACGCCAACAUACUCGCCAUAUCCACCGUCACACAUGUCUUCCAUGCCAAUGCAGCUUCAGAUGCCCGUUUACUCGGGUGUGUCCAAGCCACUCUCGCAGUCUCCGUCUUUUGCUUCACAGCAGAGCUUCGGGCUCGACAACAUGCAGUACCCGUAUGGGCCGCAUGAGUACCCUCCUCGGCAGCGGCGCACCCGUCGCUCAAUCAGCCCAGCAUCAAACUCGUCAGCAACCAGCCGGGAGCCAGCUGCAUCGGUCUCACCGGUCUCGAUGGGUACGUCGAGCAACCCUACCUCACCCGAGAGUGAAAUCGACAGCAGCGCCGCCGAGAUCAUGGCCUCUGCCUCGAGGCACAACUCGUUUGGUCACUUCAGCGCAUCCAACUCACCUAUGCUGUCCCAGGAGUUGUCGUUCCAGAACUUUAUGACUGCCGCGCCCAACAGCAGUCCCGAUACCUUGGCCCAGGCAAUCGAUCCUGAGCUUCAUGGUUCUCCUACGGCCUACUUUGCCAACAUGAGUUUUGAAGACAUGGGCUCCGGUUAUACGGAUUUCGUCACCGGAAAUGACUUUCAGGAGCAGUCACACAUCGCCGGUGACGGAACCAACAACGAGACAUUUGUCGCUUCUGAUACAUCGCCCGUUGCUUCGGUGGACAACUGGGACGAUCUUCUCAAUUCUGCCGAGUUUGAGGACGUCGGUACGGCUUCCCAAGGAUCCCAAGGCUGGGAACGCCAAGGGUGAUGCAGCUGAGUCGAGCGUUCUGUUCAAGUCUGUAUUUUUACGCGAUCGAAUUAGUUUCUUUCGUCAAUUUUGCCAAUAGGGCGAGGUUAUCCCGAGGUUUUUUUACUCGUGUUUGUUGGCUUUUUCUUUUUGCCGCUUGAUGUGGUAUUUUUGUUUGCGAUUGGGAUACACAUGAAAAACGAGGCGAAAAAAAAUGGGAAAAGGGCAAAAGAAUAAACAAGGGAUUGGGUGAGGUUUUGGAACAGGUCUGCAUUUUGGCAAAGGGAUUCUUUUCAACGUAUUGGUACUACUUAAUGGUAGAGGGGUGAGGAUGGUGGUUGAUGGGACAGGACUGAGGGGUUUCAGACACCUUCGGAGGCUCACCCGCGAUCAUGGUCACGCACACUCCAGGAGAGAUAACAACAACAGCAAAGGGCAAGCGACGGUGUCGCGGAGUUUGGGAUGCGGAUGAAAUGGCGUUGCGGAUUGGGGCACUGGUGCAGGUUGAGAGCCGAAGGCUGCUCCCUCCCGAGGAAGGAGAUUUACAUCCAACGACAUUUACGGUUUACGAAUUGUGCAUGGUGGGAUGAUUUUGAUACCCAACACAUGAAGCAUACGACACAGGGGAUGAGGAGUUGGGGGGUUGGGGGUUUCUGGAGGUGGGGUGAGGGUGUAUUUCUCUGGCUUUUAUUGUUUUCUUAGAGAGGUCUACGGUGGUGUGAUGUACCUCUUGUCAGAGAGAUGGAGACCAGGACAGGUUGUUGCUUCAGUGUCUGGGUUGAAUUGUGUCGUUGGGGGGCUGAAAUACAAUUAAAAAUGAACAGA